AGGCUUCAACGGUCAAGAGCAGCUCGCUGUUCGCUCUGGUGGCUCCCACUUUCCCUCCAAAAUCUCCAUCCCGAAAAGGAGAUACUCCGAAUCUUCUUCUUCUUCUUCUUCUUCUUCUUCUUCAUCAUCAUCAUCUUUCUUGUUCUACUCAUUCUCAAUCUCUUCCCCAUAUCUGGGUUUUUCUUCAUUUAACAAAUUCGAAACAGAAAUUGGGUUCACAGAAGUCAAGGACUGAGCGAGGAUGAGAGCUUUGAAUUCGCAUUUUUUGCUGAUUGAUCUCCACAGUUCGUGGCAUUCGGCGAAUCAAAUCCCUAUUUCGACUCUUGCAUAUUUGCAAAACUCUCAUUCCGUUUCGAAAUUCUCCUCGUCGUUUCGUCGAACACGUCGUGUGCGUAAGGGGGUUGUUUCGUCUGAAUCUUCAGCUCCGUCGUUUCGUUCCCCUGAAAUUCGUAGGCCGUCGUCUGAUCGGUUGUUUUCAGGGAAUGGGUUGUUGACGAAUUUGUCGAAUUCGAAUUCCAACUUGGAUUCAGACUCUGCUUCGACUUCGUCGCAGUCGGAGGCUACUGCGGAGUUGGAGAUGUUUAUUGAACUUUUGCCUUCGAGGAUGAGGAAGGAGCUGAGCUCGCACACUGAAUUUCGGGAAUUGAUUGAGGUAGUCUUGGAUUUGGGAAGGAACCCAAUUGCUAGGUUUCCAUCGGGGGAUUGGGCCAUUUCGGAAGAGCCUGUGAAGCAUGAAGAUCUAAGCCACGCGAUAUCUAAGGUUGGAGACUUCUCAGAUGACAACCGAUCUGGCAUGGACAGAUCUUUGCAUCGGAUAAGUGCAAUUCGGAACCGUAAAAUGCAAAUUAUUGGUCUUACUUGUCGGGUGGGACGUUCUGUCUCUGGAAGUGCUGAGAUCAUUCGUGAUUUAGUUGAGGGUGGAGGUUCCAUCUUGGUCAUUGGACCGCCAGGAGUUGGGAAAACCACAUUAAUCAGAGAAAUUGCUCGGAUGUUGGCAGAUGACCACAAGAAACGUGUUGUUAUUGUGGAUACUUCCAAUGAAAUUGGAGGUGAUGGAGAUGUUCCCCAUGCAGGAAUAGGCAGUGCAAGGAGGAUGCAAGUCCCUAAUGUUAACAUGCAGCACACAGUUAUGAUUGAAGCAGUGGAGAACCACAUGCCUGAAACCAUAAUCAUUGAUGAAAUUGGAACAGAACUUGAAGCACUAGCUGCCAGCACCAUUGCUCAAAGAGGAGUUCAGCUCGUAGGGACAGCUCACGGGAUCACCAUUGACAACAUCAUAAAAAAUCCAUCAUUGCAAAUCCUUGUUGGUGGCAUUGAGAGUGUGACCCUUGGUGACGAGGAAGCAAGGAAAAGAAAAGUGCAGAAGACAAUUCUAGAGAGAAAAGGACCUUCUACUUUUACUUGUGCAGUUGAGAUGAUAUCCAAAACUGAAUGUCGUGUUCAUCACAGAUUGGAUACAACAGUUGAUGCAAUAUUAGCAGGAAAAACUCCUCUUUUUGAAGUACGUCAUGUAGAUACUUAUGCCAACCAUUCUAUGGGGCCAUCUCCAAAUCAUGUAAAGAGUUUUGGUCUUCACGAAAGAUUACCUUCAAAAGAUGGUAACAUUAUUGCUGAUAGUGACUCUAACUUGGAAGUACGUCAUAUGGAAACUUAUGCUAACCAUUCCAUGGAGCCAUCUCGAAAACACGAAACGAGUCUUCAAGGAAGAGUAAAUUUAAAAGAUCAUAACAUCAUUGCUGAUCAUGAUUCUGACAUAGAAGACGUUGGUCACUUUUCUCAUCAGUCUAAGAGUAGACCUGUGAGCAAGAAGAGCUCACCUGUGCGAGUCUAUACUUAUAAGAUUCUUGAAUCUGAUCUACUUCAAGUGGCACAAGUAUUGGGGCUUGAGAAUGAAAUAGACGUAACUGAUGACAUUGAAUCUGCUGAUGCAAUAUUAGCAACCAGUAAUGAAAUGAAGCAAAACCCAUGGGUCCGAAGUGUAGCAAAAUUUCACCAUUUGCCUGUAUUUGUAAUCAAGUCAAACACUAUGGCUCAAAUGGUCAAGGCAAUCCGAAUGAUUAUAAAGAUAGACUCCAGCUCUACAACAAAGAAACCACGAAAAACCCCUGACAUUGUAAUAGAAGAUGAUGCACCAAAAAGAAAGCCAUCCCUAGAAGAGAUAGAUGCAUUGGAGGAAGUUAGACUCGCCAUUGAAUACAUUGUCAUUCCUGGUGGAGAGCCAGUCGAACUUCUGCCUCGACGUUCCGAAAUAGUCGCCCGACAACUUGAACUUGUGGAAAGUUAUCAGUUAGCAGCUGAAUACUCCAGUUCUGAUCCAAACCCCAGGUUGCAAAUUCUUCCAUUAAGGUUGAAGAACAAGAAUCUUAAAGAACCAAAAUCAAGUUCAAAACCACUAACUGGGGAAGGAACUGGUAUCUCUAGGCUCCCCUUGCUACCUGAAUGAAAUUUAACCAGAACCUUAAACAUGGUACAGUUUAUUCUAUUGUUUCUGGUUAUACAAUUGUCAAUUUAUUAUGUACAUGCAUGUAAAUAAUACAUAUAUAUCUAUAUCUGAUUAACAUAAUUAUUUAUAUCUUAUGCCAUCCUGGUUAUACAACAUUGUAAAGAUUCCUUCAAUCAAACAGUGAAAUGACUGUUGUAAUGAAUAUGUACUCCAAUAUUCAACCAA